CAGCGAAAUGCAAUCCAGUACGCAGAAAAACAUUGAAGGUGCGUUCGUUUAAAGUUGAUAUGCCUAUACUAGUAUACAGAGUUUUUAGUUUAUUUCCUCUCAACACCAUCUGAGGUUUUCGUUCUAUCCAAAAAUACAAGCAACAAGUCUAUCAAUACAACCAAUACUUUUCCAUUUAUCAUCACUUCUCAGAAUUAUUGUUUGCCGUUGGUCGCUCAUCCGAUAUCGUGGAUAUUUCCUGGUCUGCCGCUCGUCGCCGCCAGUGCAAUGAAAAACUACAGACUAACGAUGUUGUCCAACAUGUUGUUGAGGAUGAACCCAUCACCCCAACUCGUCGUGCCACGGUUCGUCGCGAUGAGUCUCCGAUUACCAUCACGCACAAGAAAUACAGAACAAGUGUGGUCAUGAAAAACCAGAAUGCGCCUUUGAAUUUUAUACCGCCGUCUGCGGUUGCAGGCAUGCAGCAAGGAGGACAAGAAAACGGCGCAGCUGGAGGUACCAAGACGAAAAACAACAAUGGUCAACAUGUUGCAAAUGAUCGUAACAUAUCGAAUAAAACCAAGAUCACUGGUGUUGAGCACGCUAAUGCUCCGAAGAACUCGAAGGGUGCCUCGGAUCAACACGCAAGUUCAGCAAAAGUGGCCGCUUUUGUGGGUAAUUGCAACAUUGGAAAAGGCGGACCGAUCGAUUUAUUUGGGAAUAAUCAUAUCGGAAAAGGAGGACAUGAUAAAAAUGCUGC